UUUUGAAUGCAAGAAUAAGAUCACCGGGAUGCAUUAUGCUGCCAAACAGUAUAAGAAAAGACUAGUGUUUGGAUUGGAGACCAUGCUACAAAAUGAGUUUCAGGUUUUAAAACAAGUAUCUAAUGCCCAUCCAAACGUAUUAACCUUGAUUGAUUACUUUGAAACGUGUGAUUCAUUAUAUCUAGUGACGGAUUUGGCUUCAGGAGGGGAGUUAUUUGAUAGAAUAGUUAAUCACCCGGACUCAAAAUUACCCGAAGAACAAGCCAUUAGCAUAACAAAGAUUUUGGUUUCCACCAUCCGGUAUCUUCAUUCAAAUAAGAUUGUCCACCGGGAUUUGAAGGCAGAAAACUUGCUCUUCCAACUGAAAAACUCAAAAAAUACUUCAAUCUUGGUGGCUGAUUUUGGUUGUGCUAGAAUCUUACAAAAUAAUAAUGAUACCCUUAAAGAUAUCUGUGGUACUCUCAGCUAUCUAGCCCCAGAAAUGUUAUCUUCGCAGGCAAAAUCUGCCGGUCAUAGUUUCCCAGUUGAUAUGUGGGCUUUAGGAGUAAUUGUCUAUUUCAUGCUUUGUGGUUAUAUGCCCUUUGAUUGUGAAACUGAUGAUGAAACCAAACAAGCCAUCUUAAACGGCGAUUACCUGUUUGAGCCUCCAGAAUACUGGAAUCACAUAUCCCAAGAUGCUAAAGACUUCAUCAAUCGUUGCUUGGUGGUUGAUCCAAAGAGAAGAUUGACUGCUGACGCAGCAGAACUUCAUCCUUUCAUCAAUGAUCUUCCCUCUUUGGAAGUUUCUUCCCCAAUAAAUCAUCUGCUUUCAAGCUCAAGCUUGAAAAAAACCGGGUCAAGUAAUUUGAGCUUGACUUCCAAGUUAAAAGAAUCAGUGUCUAAACUCCAACAGCAACAAUUACAACAACAAUUGCAUAAGGAUAACCAAUCAUUCUUACAACCCACUCCGCUUCUUUCACCAAGAAAUGCAAACCAUAAUCGCUCAUUACUGCCAAAUAGAAAUGAUUUUUAUAAUAAUAACCUUUCUUCAUUGCUAGAAAAAUCCCGGGCCAAAUCCGUAUCCGAAGACUGUACUUUAGAAGGUGAUCGUUGUGUUUCUCCAGACUUAUGCUCCCGUUUCACCACUCCUACUAGCUCAACUACAGUUUCUAGACAACAUCUGUUUAAUGACAUGUUAGACUUAAAUCCUAAAAAAUCAACUCUAAAAACUAAUAGUAACGCUAACUUAACAGAAUUCUUCUUAUAAAGACUUUUGUUCAAUUCACUUCUAUGUAUUAAUAUAAUUCUUUUCUAUUUAUUAAUAUAAUUCAUUUUGUC